CAUUCAGGCAAAGAUCUUAGAUACUUCAAUACUUAUAUAUGAGCUACCCUUGACCCUGAUGCGGCAUUGGCGGCUUUCAGUUUGCAUACUCGUUAGUUGACGUACUUGGCAAUCCUCUCCAGACACCAUUAUUGCAGUUAUGGCAGUCCCUCAAACACAAAUCGCAGCAGUCGUGUCAGGACCCAGAAAGUCCUCAAGUGCACGGGUAGAGAUUACAACUGAACGCCCUGUGCCAUCUCCCAAGCAAGGGGAAGUUCUCGUCAAGCUCGAAUAUUCCGGAGUGUGCCAUUCAGAUGUCCAUAGCAUUCGUGGGGAUACCCUCAUGUUAACGGACGUCGCAGGCCAUGAGGGAGUAGGAAAGGUAGUGCAAGUUGGAUCUAACGUGGAUGAGGAGGCUUGGAUGGGCAAAAGAGUGGGUAUACGAUGGCUUUACAGCUCGUGCUUGAAGUGCGAAAUCUGCGCUAUCAAUCAUACGGCUUGUCCUUAUCAGAAGAACGCUGGUGCAAAUGUUCCAGGGACCUUCCAACAAUUCAUUGUCAGUCCUGCCGAACAUGUCACAAUCAUCCCGCCCGAGCUGGACCCCGAUACAGCAGCACCACUUUUAUGCGCGGGAAUUGCCAUGUACUCGUCGAUCAUGAAGACAAAAACCCGACCGGGGGAAUGGAUCGUGAUCCUUGGGGCUGGUGGAGGACUCGGGCACAUGGGAAUCCAGAUCGCAGUCAAGAAGGGACUUAAGGUCAUUGCGAUUGACAGUGGUGACAAAAAGAGGGAGCUCUGUCUCUCGCUUGGGGCGACGGACUAUUUUGAUUAUAAAAAGGAUGAUAUCGAUGCUAGGGUCAAGUCUGUUACUCGAGGCCUAGGCGCCCACGCGGUGAUAUGUACGGCGAACAGUGAGUCGGCAUACAUUCAAAGCAUGCAGAUGCUCCGCCGUCUGGGGGUUUUAGUUUGCGUUGGUAUCCCGAACAAGCCUUUUAGACUACCAUCAACCCCGUUCGACAUGAUUGUGAAAGGUCUCACCAUUGUCGGAAAUUCCGCUGGUACCGCAAAGGAGAUGGAAGAGCUACUAAGUAUGGCUGUGGCAGGAGACGUGAAAGCUCACAUUGAGUGCUUUGACUUCUCCGGUAUCAAUGACGUCCUACAAAGACUGGAGAGGGCUGAAAUCGACGGACGAGCUGUCUUGAAAAUCCCUGAAUGACGGUGCUAGUCAAGGACCGAGCAAAGCGUCUGCUAGCCCAAGCAAACUGGAGGUCAAGGAUUGUUAGAGGGUCCUAACUCUAGGUCAACGUAGUCAACUAGCUAUAUACGCCUCUGAGGAUUUAGGGCUCGCAAGAUGUACUAGAUGACUGUUUGUCUGAUACCUCUUGAUGCAUUGUCAAUCGAAACAUGUUUAUAGGACAACUCAAUCUAGAG